CGAAAAACUCCUGGCCGCCUGUUCAUCGUACGGAAUCAGCGGCCAUGCGCAGACGGAGCUAGAGGAGGGCUGUGCGGCGGUGUAGGCUGUAGUCUACAUAAGACCUCUCUGCCUGCGGGACUCCUGCACUCACUCACUCGCACACACACCCUGCAGCCGCGCCGAUCUCACGAGGACUAGCAGAAACCCAGGGGAAUCUGACGAGGUACCUUGGAUUAAUCUCCCCGGUUCAGCCGCCACCACCCCCUCUCCUCACUUUCCUCCUCCUCCUCCUCAUGACUGACCAUCCCGCCGCACGGAUGCAGAGAGCAGCAGCGAUGCGGCGGCUCCGCUGUUGAGUCGUUGGACCUCCCUCGUUUUUUUGUGUGUGUGUGUGUGUGUGUGCUGUUGUUGUUGUUGCUGUGGUGCCGGUUUGUAAGUUAAAAGGAAACGAUCCGAGCGGAACGCAGCAUGAAGCUCAAACCGAACCAGACCAGGACGUACGACGGCGAGGGCUUCAAGAAGCGGGCGGCGUGUCUGUGCUUCAAGAACGAACGCGAGGAGGAGGUGCUGUUGGUCAGCAGCAGUCGGCACCCGGACCAGUGGAUCGUCCCCGGAGGAGGGAUGGAGCCGGAGGAGGAGCCGUGCGGCGCCGCGGUGCGCGAGGUGUUUGAGGAGGCUGGCGUGAAGGGAAAGCUUGGACGCCUGCUCGGGGUAUUCGAGCAAAACCAAGACCGGAAGCACCGGACGUACGUGUACGUGUUGACUGUGACAGAAACCCUGGAGGCCUGGGAAGACUCGGUCAACAUAGGCCGUAAGCGGGAGUGGUUCACCGUGGACGAUGCCAUCAAAGUGCUGCAGAGCCACAAACCCGUCCACGCCGAGUACCUGCGGCGGCUCCAGCUCAGUUGCUCCCCCACCAACGGGAACUCCAUCCUCCCGAGCCCGCAACCCAACGACAACUUCCCCCAUUACAGCGCCACCGCCAACACGCCCUCGACGGGGAGCGUGUUGGGCUCCUCCCGCAGAUAGAACUGCACCUCAAGUCCCCCCCCCCCCCCCCCCCCCCCCCCUUCCUGUCCAGCGUGGGACAGUUUACCGAAAGUCUGUACAGUCUUGCAUGAAUCUAAUGACUUUUUUUUUUCGAGUUGCGGCUCUCUUGUAUGUAUAAUUCCUAGUCUUAGCUGCAGGACAGACCAAAGCCAUUGCCAGAGCGGCAUGACAGACAUGUGACUGAGCAGGUGAUGGCGGUGAAACUCACGCCUCUGACAGGAAAAAAACUAUGGCAAUGACAAACUCCAGAUCACCUUUGUUUUGCUGGCAAACACCGGACGGAUGAGCAGACGUUUAGGGAAGAGGAAGCUGCAGACUCUACAUGGCCUGACUGACCUGGUGAAGGAAUGCCUUACAGAAACUUUGUAUGAAUGUUAUAUUUCGGUUGUUUUAUUUCACUAACAGUCAUUUUUAUGUUCAUUUUUUUUUUUUUUUGCAGAAUGGAUAUGCUUUCUAGUGAAUAAAAGGGUUGUUGACCCCAAAAGCAUGUCCAUGUGAGGAAUGUGUGAUGAUAACAACCAAAUAUCAUAUUUUAUUACAUGGAUCUAGCUUUUAGAAAAAGACCCAGAGCGUUGAUUCAUCAAGAAAUCUCCUAUUUUGCAUUUGAAGUUGGGAUUUUCUUUUUUAUCACCAUUUAAUCAUUCACUAAAAAACAUUUUCUAAAGUGAACUGGCUUAUAAUGAUAAUUGCACGUCCCUUUUCAAAACAACAAAUGGUGGCGAGUAAAAAAUAAAAAUAAAAAAGGAGGGUGUGAGGUGAAAAUGUAAAAAACCAAAUGAAAUGAAAGGUCACUGAUAAACGCUGUCAGCGAGUCUCUACCUCGUCAAACUGGAUCUGAGUCGCUGUUCGAUAUCUUCUGACUCAACACUGCUUAUGUUUACAGUUAAACUUUAGCCAAUGCCUGCGAAUUACGAGUCGACUAACCUUGACCGAUCCGACAAACUGUCUGCUUGAGGCCACGUACCUUUUCAUCAUCCCGUGUUGUGAAAGUAUUCAAUGAUGCAAAAGUACAUCUUCGCCUCGGGUGUUACUGUAUGUGCUGCCUUGAGCCAUGGACGGGAGUGGAACGUAGUUCAUUUCAACUCCAUUAAUAUAGAAUUUAUUUUAUUUUAUGCAGAUUCACUGUUGUGUCUUUCAACCAAAUGCUUAGCAGAUUUAUUGUUUAUCAUAUUGCUGCAAGGCAAUUUUGGUCGACCAUCGAAGUGUCCAUAUACAGCAUGAUUGUUUUUAUCGACCUUCUGCAAGUAACUUAGACUACUUGUGUCCACGGCUGCAACUAAUUAAUCUAUUAAUGGUAGGGAAAAGAGAAAAAUACAAAAAAAACUGCUUAUCGCAGUUUUUGCUUCUCGUAUCACAAACUCGGCUUUUAUCGGUUCAAAAACAUGCACCUUUAAUUUAAACCUUGUUUCUUUUGUUUUGUUUUUCAGUUACUGUGUCAGCAAACUAAAUAUUUGAGGCUUCAUUGGGUCAAAGACAUGUACCACAUACAAACUACUUUGUAAUAUUUCCAAUCUGCCUCCUGACUGAAUGUCUAUUUAAGUAAAAAAAAACCUUCCCUCAAAAAUCCUCAGAUUUAAAGAACACAACCGAAUGACGACUGACGCCUUGUAACCCUCGCGGAGGCUUGUAAAUAGCUUUGGAGAGAAGAAAAAAAAACGUGUUUUUAACCUGAACGAACCUGUAAAAAGUUCUCUUAACAUUUUAUAUAUUUUUUAACAAUGUACAAAAUGAUGACAGGAAAAAAAGAGAUGUACAGAAGAAUCUCACUGAGUAUGUACAGUACAGGAUGUUUGUAUCAGCGACAAUGUGCCACGGGUUUUGAGGUCAUGGAGGUUGGUUGGUUUGUGUUUGAGCAUGAAAUGGAGACGUUGAAACUGAUGUGAUUUGGUGUUUUCCAUAUGGUUAAAUUUCUGAAUGAGAUGUGUGAACAGGAUGAAAUUUGGACAAAAAAAAUCUACAUAAUAGAUCCACCAAAGUUUUGAGGUUCUGACCUUCAUUUUUAGAAAUGGGCAUCAUGGUUAUUAACUUGUGUUUGUUGUGGCCAUGCACCUCGUCGUAGCUUCAGUAACAUAAAUUGUAAUUUAAUUAAGCUAUCAGCAAUGUUUAACGCUGCUUUGGACGGAUAGAAUAAGGACUCGAACUACCUUAAACCUCUGUGUGUGUGUGAGAUGUGUGUUUAUUGUGGGUUGAUGAAGUUGAACUAUGAUGUGCCAAAUUAGAAAAAAAAAAAUGGAGGUGUUCAGAAGGGAAAUGUUUUCUGUGAAAUAAGAUCUUAAACAUUGUGUGAUUUGGUUCAUUAUCAUCUCAGAAUGUAAUCAUCAUUUGUCAUGUUUUUUUUAGAGAUUGACUGCCUCUUCCUUCCCCUUGAAGUUCUGAAUUAGGCUCUCGCAGUAUUCUUUACCCUGUACUGUUUUACUAUUUCAGAAUAUGAUCCAAAUCGACAUGAAUUUAACUCGCGCCCAUCGAUGUUGUGUUGCAGCGUGGUGAGUACGACUGUAUGUUCUUUAAAUACAGAAGUGUAAGAUA